AACAAACUUCUGGAGCCAGAGGCUUGUAACUAAUAUUAGCUUUAAGCUCUCUUUCUAAAACGGGAUUAAGGAGUUUAAAAAAAAAAAAAAAAAAAGUUUACAGUCAAGUGUUAGUUUGGUAUAUGAUUUUCUUUUCUUCAUACGUUCUCGUGGUUCCAUUAGAUUGAGGCAUUUCAUCAAAGACAUUAUUGACUCUGAAUUUUAUAAGAUUGGAAGCAGAAAAAAAAAACUGAUUGGCAUAAAUAAAGCUGAAAAUAAUUUAUAAUUUUAGCGUCUAUCAUGUGUGACUGUUUUAUAUCUGUUACAACUUCUGUUUUUUGGGAUUGUAUUCUUACAGUCACCAGCUUGUAUCAGAUCAAAAUUAAUCAACAAAAUUUUACAGAAAAAGAACUGUUAACCCGCUCACCUUGUAUAUAGUUUGUCAAUAUGUUAAAUUCAGUAUUGUGUUCCUCGUACAGAUCAUAGGGAUUUUCAUUAGAGAUAUGUUAGAUAUUUUUUCAUUUCUCUUUACACAUCUUAUCAAUUGUUAAACAGCUCCACUACCGAUUAAAGUUUCUAUUUACCAUCUGUUUUGCAGUUUUUAGGUGAAUCUUUAUUUAGACUACAAAAUUCAAAGCUGUUUAUCCCUUUUGUUUCAUUUUACAGAAGAAAAACAACAGCACACUAUUAUCAAAAAUCCAACACGGCAACAAAAAGAAACCUCACCUUCAAAGCUCUUUAUAAACUCAUCACCAUACAUACACAUUCAAGUUAAUCAAAACACAAAGAAACCAAAAAAAAAUGUCUACAUCUAAUACCAUAACCUUCAUUCUAUUCAUCGCAACAACACUUCUCGCGUCCAGCAACGCAGCCGAUAACGCCACAACGCAACCGCUAUUCCCAGCGAUUCUAAUCUUCGGCGACUCAACCGUGGACACAGGGAACAACAACUACCCUAUAAACACAUUCUUCAGAGCUACACAUCUACCUUACGGCAUUGAUCUCCCAAACCAUGAAGCUAACGGAAGAUUCUCAAACGGAAAACUAAUCCCCGACAUACUCGCAGCCAAAUACAACAUCAAACAGCUUGUUCCUCCUUUCUUACAACCAAAUCUCUCCGACCAAGAUAUUGUAACUGGAGUCUGUUUUGCAUCAGCCGGAGCGGGCUACGAUGACCUAACAAGUCUCUCCACUCAGGCGAUUCCUGUCUCCGAACAACCUAACAUGUUCAAGAGCUACAUUGCUCGUCUUAAGAGUAUCGUGGGAGACAAGAAAGCUAUGGAGAUUAUCAACAAUGCCUUGGUGGUUAUAAGUGCAGGGACUAACGAUUUCAUCUUGAAUUAUUACACUAUUCCUACAAGGCGUCUUCAGUACCAUCAUGUCUCUAGCUACCAAGACUUUAUUCUUAAGAGGCUUGACAAUCUCAUUGGGGAGCUAUAUAGUUUAGGUUGCAGAAAUAUUGUGAUCGGAGGUUUACCUCCUAUUGGUUGCUUACCGAUCCAAAUGACUGCUAAGUUCCGCAACAUCUUUAGGUUUUGCUUAGAACAAGAGAACAAAGACUCUGUGGUAUACAAUCAGAAGCUUCAAAAGCAAAUACCCCAGAUGCAAGCAUCUCUUACCGGAAGCAAGAUCCUCUACGCUGAUAUAUAUAACCCUAUCUAUGACAUGAUGCAAAACCCUGGCAAAUACGGGUUCAAGGAGACGAAGAGAGGAUGUUGUGGAACAGGGUUUCUGGAGACGAGCUUCAUGUGUAAUGUUCUUUCUCAAACGUGUGACAAUCACUCGGAGUUUUUGUUCUUUGACUCCAUUCAUCCAUCAGAAGCUACCUAUAAUUACAUAGGAGACUUGCUUGAUACUCAGAUCCGUGAGUGGAUUGCGGCUUAAGCCAUCACGGUUCGAAAAAAUGAAAAUGUUAAUUGGUAGAUUGUUGAAGUAGAUACUUGGUGCUUGAGUCUAUAAAUCUACAUGCUAAGAUUAUGAUGCUAAUGUGUUUUGUGUGCGUAACACAACUCUGUUAUAUGAAACAGAGACGGUAAAAGAGAAGAAGGAGGAUGUAGUGGGCCGAGUUCACACACAUGACUUGGGCCUUAGUGUUGAGUUAAGACAAAGCCUAAGUGAGAAGGCGGUAAAAGGAAGAAGUGUUAUGAGUAAUUCAAACGGUCGUCUACAGAGUACGGAAGGGAUGAGGUCAGCGACAGCUGGUGGUGUGGUCCUGAAGAAUACGUUCAGCCCUCUUGGGCAAUGCAUCGAAGGGCUGUGAUUACACCACUUGUAUAGAGAUCAGAGUGUGGCUCUAGGGUUUUACAAUCUUUCUUUACACUAUAUAUAUUGUAACUGAAGAACUAUUGUGGUGUGGUUGGGGGAGUUAAGAAAAGUAUAUUUUUCA